UUAUCUCGCUCAGUAGCAUCGACUGCGGUUGAACGUGCCUUCUCGCAGGACCGGCAGCUCCUUCACUUUACUCGCAACCGACUCGCACGGUCAACAAUUCGUGCCUUUCUCUACCUCGGAGCCUGGAACAGAAGUGGUCUUCCGACCAUAUAG